UUUCAGUUUGUCGCGUGUGCUGGCACGGCGCGCAUAUCGUUCGACCAAACUCGAUAAACAAUGUCACGGAGAAUGUCGAACGUUUUUUCGACAAGAAGAAACGCAUGCGGCUCACUCGUUUCCUCUCACGAGAACGCGUCGUCCCGUUUCACGUGAAUUUCCAUAAAGAGAAAAAGAUGAAUCCGUCGUCGAGGGGAACGGAAGAAUCAGAUCGAACGAAUCACACGAAUUCCAAUACCGGCAGCAGCACCUUCACCUUUUACCAGAUUCAUAUCGAGAACGCUUCGGUCGAUUCAUUGGCGCAAAAUGCCUCGUCGCAAAUUGUAAUUUAAUCAUCGUCGUUGGACUCCUUCGUAAAUCGUUUGAUCUACUGCCACCGGUUUCGUUAUAUAUCCGUGUUAUGGUGGAGUGUGCCCGACCUGAAGUAAUAUCUUUUCGAUCAUUUACGUGGGAAACAAGACAAAAGCGAAUCGUAGUCGGGCCGAAUACACGGAGAAGCAUCGUGUUCGCGACUCUCAAUCAGCUGUUCGUGCGGUUGCAUCUCAACUAGAUGGAUCACGUGAAUGCUGUUCACUCCAUGUUCUCAGACUAACAAGAUCUCUCUCUCUUUCUCUCUCUAUCUAUCUAUUUCUCUCUCUUUCUCUCCAUGGAAGAUCUAGUUUAUCAUGGCAUUAAUAUUGUUUAGUGUAAAAUGUUGUUCAUAUAUCUGAUCGUUUUCGAAUCGAUGUUUGCUCAAAACCGACGUUGAAUGAAAGAAACGUUAAAAAAUAAAGGGGAAACUUGACGAAAUUACAUAUCGAUAUAAAACUAAUUUUCCUCGCUCGGAGGAAUAUCGUUAUCUCAAAAUAUUGAUAAACGCCAAAUAUUAAUAAUAUUCGCGACUGAUAAUUCCUUGUAACUGAUAACACAUUUCGAAUCAUAUCCAUGAAUUAAUAAUGAACAAACAAAACGCAUGUGUUAAUUAUGGUUGGAAGUGUAAAUUAAACUGGUAUUUUCGGUGUCCCUUUAAUGGUCACGUAGCAUAAAGCGUUGCAGCAUUUGCAAACUAUCGUUUAACUAUAUUGUUAAUUGCCUUGUGGCGGUUGGCAAUCAAACGGUGCUCCUUAAAGCGCAAUAAUGACGGAAUCGCCAAUACCGUCGGUCAGCAACAUUCAGACCUAUACUCAUAGCCGAAGUCAAUCUCAAAUGCAAACUCAAGAUGACAAGAGCGAGAAAACGGAGAAGGCUGUUCUUUCGCAAAUUCAAGAGAUCAACAGCCAAGUGGCGCAAUACCGCGAUUUGCUGAUAAACAUCGGUCAACCACGAGACUGUCCGGAACUUCGAGAAAAAAUUCGAAGAUUGAGACGAAAUUGCGUAGAAACGUGUAGACACACGUCCCAGCUUAUACUGCCACAAGUACGAAGAACUACGGAUAUCGGAAUCCCUGUAGACAGUCCAAAUUUGAUGCUUCUCUUUUAUGUCGCGCAAUUGUUUCUGCGCGAGCUCUGCAAAAGUAAGAACCUCAUCCGCAUCGUGCCGAUGGACAUGACGGAGUAUUACGAAACUCGAUCCGGCCCAUCCAACAUCGGCAAUGUGAUCUCACAAAUAGUUCUCUGUAAGCAAAUCACGCCAGACUUCUACGAGGAAGAAUUGUGCAGUAUCCAGAAAGAUUCCGAAGAAAUUCGUGGUCUGAUCAACGAACUGCAAGAGUUUAUGCCUCAAUCAAGUGGCGAUAUAGAAAAGUACACGGCUUUACAAAAUGUGGGAAGUUGGAGUAAUCGUACCAACGGUAGACGGAUACAACGAUGGAACCAAACUCAUAAUAGACCUACUAGAACUACCAGACAAUCGUCCUACUUUUGCGGAGCUUUGAAUCUUUUUUGUUGCGCAGCAAGAACAAAUUAUGUUUAAUUAUUAAACAUAUUUGCCCGCCAAAUUUCUUUACAAAAAAUCUUUUUGCGAAAGAUUAUUAAUUUCUUUCUGUUAGAUUUUUUGUUUUAAAUUUUAAGUCAUAAAUAAAUUCUCAUUGUGUUUUACAAUCAUGAAACGAAACAUUCUUAUAAUUAGUCGAUUAGAUGAGAAACCUAAAAAACCUAAUACUGAGAUUUUAUUUAGUUAAUAGUACAAACCAUUUAAUAAUAAGUACAAACUUCUUAAUAUAGAAAAAUAUUCAAUAAACAUAUUUUUAUAAAGGAAUUUAAUUUAUUGCGAAAUUGUUUAAAUAAUAGUAAGAAAUAUAACUUAAACUUACAAUGCAAUUUGUCUCACAUCGGUAAUCGUAAAACGAUUAAAAUCGAUUUCUUAAUGAAUUUUAUUACAUUCCCUCUUGUUCUUGUCUUCGAUCAGCACCAAUAACCAUGGAAUGAUAUUUAAUAUCUAAAAAAAGAAAAGUCAAUGUAAAAACAAUCAUUAUAGAUGUGGUGUUAUCAUUUAUAUUCGUUAUCAUUUAUAAUUAUUAUUCAAAAUCCGAACUGUGAUGAACGAGCUCAAAUUUAUCGCUGAUCGAUAUAAAAAACUAUAUCACAUCGGAUAAUAGGGAAAUAAAUGCCAAUUGAAUUGGACGUUGAUUAUUUCAAUAGUGGACCAACGUAUCAUUUGUAUGCAAUGAAAGUGAUGUAAUUAAAAAUAUUUCUACUACUUUAAAAAUUUAAUCGUAUUAAACUUUUAAAAAAUACUCUAUUGUUAAAAAUCUUGUAUUUUUCAUUAUCAUUAUAAGAUAAAAUUGUUAUUUAUAAAUUAAUAUAAUAAAAUAUUUCAUUUAUUUAUCAUUUUAGCAAAUUGGCGAUACGAUUCUAUAUGCGAUUUAUUUUAAUGUUAAAUAUAUUAUUAUAUUAUAUAUAUAAAUAUUAAAAAUACACACAUGUAUAUAUAUGUAUAUCUUUAUGUAAAAUCUUUAUGUAUAUGGUUUAUAUAUUGCUAAUGAAAUAUUUUAUUAUUUGUUUAAAUAUUAUGAAAAAAAAAUAUUUAUAUAAAAUACUAUAAUCGCUCUUGAAAAUAAUUAAAUAUUUAAAUAUAUGAAUAGAAUAUUGAAUUAGAACAUAUGUGAAAAAAAAAAACUAAAAUUCAUGAUGCUAUAAAAAAUUAUAUGGAAAAUUAAAUAUUAAUAUUCAUAUUAUUAAUGUAAUUAUUCAUAAAAAUAUUAUCUAUUUAAUGAAUCUUUGAAAAUUUUUUUUAUUUGGCGGUGCAAAGAAACUAAAUUUUUCAUUUAAUUUCUUUAUCGAUAAAUAAUUUCAUUGUACAUUAUAUCAUAUGUGGAAAAUAAAUAAGUAAAUCAUUAGAAAUUAAA